AUGGCUACAACAGCGGUUAUCGCUCCUUCGCUUUUAGCAUCGAUGCUGCAAGUCGCAGACUUUAAGUACUUUCCACCCUUCAGAGAACAAGAUGGAGGCAGAGCAGAAGGGGUUGAACCAUUGCUCGACGAGAAUGUGUCUUGCCGUAAGUAG